AUGUUCAACUCUACGGCAGCGCUCAGUGCCUCGAAAGCCUCUCCCGACGCAUACAAUCUUGCAAAGGAGUACAAUGCGGAUGCCGCUGCUAAUCUGACCUGUAUACUACAAGCUCUUGAAAGCGCAGGGUUUUUCAAAGCGCAUAGAAACUCGUACAGCGCCUUCGACCGCGUGCUGAGUGGCAUCGCGUGGCUACUACAGCAGAUCGUAAGAAGAGAAGAUGCCGAGCAAGGGCGAGUCCAAUGGGACAUUCUUUACCAGUCCCACGACAAGAUGAAGCCUCGAUUAGGGCUAGCGCAGGAGGUGAUUCACUGUGUCGAAGCUCUAAAUUUUGAUUGUCCUGUGGCAAUUCAACCGCACCAACUGCUUCUACAGGACUUUGGGGAUAUUGAAAAAGUUCAAAAGCUCGUCGUCUGGUUAAUAAGCGAGGGAGUAGAUGCCUCACACCUAGCAAAAACUCGGGGUGAGCGAGCAUACCUGGCGGUUGAAUGUUCACAGACCGAAAAACAACACCCAAAACCCGUGAAGAAAGAGGUUGAGAUAGUUUGUAAUGCCUUUGCACCCGAGCGGCGGUGGCAAUAUAUCGCAUCAGAGGAAGAAGUUGAGAAUGAUGAGGAUGCUCUCAUCCAGCGAUGCUUGCUGGAAUAUGGAGAAAGGGUGAAUCAUGUCGCCGUCGAAGACGAUUUGUUAAUGAAAAUAAACGAAGACGAAACCAAUAAAGUGAAUGUCAUGGCUCACAUUGCGAGUCAAGCUGCAAAAAUUGCUACAGCUGGAUUAUUGGAAAUAGGAAAAGUUAAAGGAUCGAGAAAGAAGUUGUAUGAUUCACAUGCUGUUGAAUUUCAUACACACUAUAUUAAGGCUGUAAAACAGUCAAGAAAGGAACAACAAAUACUUUAUAAUCAGCGCAAAGAGCGUGAGGCGAAGUUAUUGCAGCAAGUGGUAUCUGCUCCCACUGAUAUGCAGCAGGGUGUACAAGGUCGUAUUGAGUCAAAUUUUCUGCCCUCGUUGCACUUACUACGGGUUCAAUUGAAGGAAAACGAUUUCCACCUGGGACAACUGGUACAGGAAAAAAAAGAUGUGGAUGUUCUGAUGAAGAAGGGCAAGAAUCGAGCUGCAGCACUUGUAGAAUUACGCUCUCAAUUGAAGUUUGAAAUUGCUGAAGUAGAUGCACAGGCACCAAAGGAUGUGAAAAUUCAAGCUCACCUCGAAAAGUUGCGUCGUCUUGUAGUGAAAAUCGAGACGCUAAAGCGUGAAAAGAAUGAUCUGCGACUUAAUUGUCGUCUGGAGCUUGGAGCCCUAAAGGAUCGCAUUGAGAAGUUAAACCUUCACGUGACAGACAAUAAUAGAAGUCGUGAAGCCGACGAGUUGAUUCUCAGCAAGAUCGAGCAAACGCAUGCUCAAAUGGUGGAAAAGCGCAAAAACUUAAAGAUCGCAGCUGCCCAGCAAAAUCGAGAGCUACAUCGUAAGUUGAAGCAGAUUGAUGACACGCCUUCCCGAAUUGAGCUGGUGCAAUACGAAAAGCGAUUUAUCGAGCUUUACAACGAGGUCGCAUUGACUCUUGAAGAAACUCGCAAGUAUUUUUGUGUAUAUAACACUUUUAAAGCUGCACAUGAAUAUUUGGAAAAGGAAAUUUCGCUUAUAAAAAGCAUAAUCGAAAACGUUGACUGUGUCGUGGCUUCCCGGACAGCUACACAAGCCUUUUUUUUGCAAAUUGAAAAUAUCAUUCAGAAUGUUCAAGGUAUCGUGGCAAAGCAACAAAGUGUUCGAGAUGGUCACCAAGCUCAUGUGGACACGUUAGACAGCAAGUAUCAGUUGCUGCUUGAACAAGAGCGAGUGUACGUGAAUGCGAUCCGCAACUUUCAGAAAGAGUGCGAAAAAAAUGAUAGACUGUUAGCUCGCGUUGAAGGGGUAGACCACCAUUAA